AUGAUUGAGUUGAUUCCCGCUCACCGCUCCUGCCCGGUUUUUCUUUUACCGGGUCCCUCGGGUGUAGUGCCGCUUAGUAAGCGCAGUUUUGUUUCACAGUUUCGUACGUGUCUCUCUCACAUCGGUAUUCCACAUGCCGACCGUUACCGCGGUCACUCCUUUCGACGUGGAGCGGCCUCUUGGGCUUUUAGUUGCGGCGUACCCGGCGAGUUAAUACAAUUGUAUGGCGAUUGGUCCAGUGACUCUUAUAAGCUAUAUUUAGAGUUUAGCCUUAAAUCCAAGCUCGCUCUCGCGACUCAAUUACGUUCUGCCAUUGUUUCUUUGCCGCUGUAA